AUGGCGCCACGGCGUGCCGCGUUGAGUUCCUCCAGCAGCCUGCGCUUCUCCGCACGGAGGGUCUCGGCAACACGCACGAGCGCCGCCCGCUGCUGCAGCUGCUCGCCGCAGGCCUCGCCGAGCGCAAGGUGCUCCGCACGCAGCCGCUCAAAGCUCCGAGUGGCGCGGCCGAGCUGCACGACGGGGUGGGCCUCCGACGCCUUGAGGGACGAGCGCAGCGCGAGGAUGUUCUUGCGGAGCCCGCUGACGCACCGCUGCGCCGCGUCAAGCGCACGGUACGGGUCUGUGCGGCAGUGCAGGUAG